AUGUCCAUAUUUCGACUCUCGAAGUGUCCGUCAAUCACAUGGCUCCAGCUGCGCGUGGGCCGAAUCAGCCGACAUCCACUGUUCACCCUGCAAAAUCGCAGGAAUCGCCGUGCUUUUGAGCAAUUCAAGCCGAUGAUCCAUUUUGGUUGGCCGCUUCUGAGCCUCUGUGCGGCCCUGCGUCAGGGCUCCGAGCAGAUGAAGCUCGAAGCUUGGACAGAGAUGAUGGAAGACGAGAUCUUCACGCCCGAGGAGUACGAGAAGAUGAUUGCCAACUACACGGCAGAGUGGAAGAAACAUGGCGUGGAGGUCGAAGUCUUUGCGAACAUGAACGAUCUUCUUUCAAGCGAAGGCCAGAACUUGCCGUGGAAGACUCCUCUCGACAAGGCAGUGGACUUGGAUGACACCGAGGAUCGGCCUCGUUGCAAGAAGAGGACACCAGAGGAGUGUAAGGAGGUGAAAAAAUUGGAGGACGUGGUGCCCUACCUCAAAGACCACCCCUAUUUGUAUCACGGGGGUGAUAUCACCCCGAACUUUGCGAACGGCGUGGAUUUCGAGAAAGGUAAAGACCAAAUCACAGGUCCUGCCUUCUUUACCACCCACAACAUCUACAACGCGCUGCUCUAUGGAAGUAAAGGCAUGUUGACAUGGGGCCAGCCGGUUCUUGAUCUCGAACAGCAUAAGAAGGGAAUCUAUUGGACCGACUUCUACCGCUUGGUCAUGGAGAUUGAAGUGCAGAAGCUCAAGAACUGCCGAGGCCUCGUUGCUAGCAUGGCUUUCCUCAAGAAGGCAGCAGAGCAGGGCGCAGAGCAUGGCGUGGAAGAGUUCAUGGAGACCCAGUGCGGAGGCCACAAGUGUUCCUUCGUGGCGGUGAACUGGAACGAGGACGGCCAGCUGGGCUCAGGAUCACCUCUCAACCCCAGAGGACAGCAGGAUAGCUAUGGUCUGACUGAGCAGCCUCCAACCAAGUCGGACUUUGUUCCGGAUGCUGCCGGGCUCCGUGGAGACCUGCGGCUUGAAGAUCCCCGACAAGGUGAUCAUGGUGAAGAGUUCCCUCAAGGACCCCUUCUUCGACUCCGCAAUGACCUCGUCGGCGCUGCGGGAGGCGGCGCAGAGGUAUUUCAAGCUUCAAGAGAAGAGCCAGAGCAGUGGUGGCAGCCAAGGGGACGAACCACAGCCUGA